CAGGCAUUAGACAGGAAGUCCCCAGGAGUGAACUUGGACGGAUUCAGUUAGUGACGACUAAUCCAAGGACCAGAAGGACCUUCCGAGAGUCCGCAGAACCAUUUUGUUUGCAUCCUCCGAGAUGUAAUCCUGUGUAUCCCUACAGAACGGCGGACGGUUCCUGCAACAAUCUGUACAAUACUCUUCUCGGCAAAUCCUUUACUCCCCAGUCCAGGAUCCUCCCGAAUGCCUACGAUGACACCAUUGAAACGCCCCGUUUCCGUUCUAUUUAUCGACAAUGGCCACUCCCUAGUGCCCGUGUGGUCAGCAAUGCCGUCCUGUCCGGACCCACGCCAAACAGCCUCGAGCAUUCCACCUUCCUGACCCACUUUGGACAGUUUAUCGAUCAUGACGUAAUUUCAACUCCAUCUUUGCUAGAUUAUAAAAACAAAUCAAUCACCGAUUGCUGCUCCGAUUGGCCCAUGGAUAGAUUUGCUUGUUUUCCUAUUACUGUGCCGAGGAACGAUCCACAUUUUCGAGGUCGAACGUGCAUGAAUAUGGUGCGGCAUGCAGCUUCACUUUCUAUAGAAUGUACCGAUGGUAUCCGCGAGCAGCAGAACCAGAGAUCCUCCUUUAUAGACGGCACGGCGAUCUAUGGCUUCCACAGGGAAAAAGAGUUACAACUUAGAAGAAAACACGGUGGUAAACUGAAUGAAAGUCAUAUUAUUGAUGGACUUUUGCCAUCGGACAAUUGUCCUUCCGACACACGUGUAACCACACGGUAUCACUGCUUCGACGGCGGCGACCACAGACAAAGCGAAACGCCAACCCUCACAGUAUUGCAUACCACGUGGUUGCGACGUCACAAUCUGAUAGCUGAGGCUCUACGAGCUGCCACAGGAAUUAUAGACGAUGAGACUCUUUUUCAGGAAGCAAAGAGAAUUGUGGUCGCGGAACUCCAGCAUAUCACUUACAACGAAUUUCUGCCAGCGGUUCUAAACAAUCGCCACCUUACUUUCUUCAACCUGCGUUCUAGACGAUCUGGACACGAUAACAUAUACAACCCUAGCGUGGACCCUCGAACCUUCAACUCCUUUGGGGCAGCGGUGUUACGUAUGGGUCACUCCUUGGUUAGAAACGUUGUCGGUCAUGACAAUGGGCGUGGGCGAGUAAGAACAUAUCCAUUACAAGAUCAUUUUGAUAAUCCCGAUCUCAUUUUUUAUCCUGCUUGCGAGCCUGGUGAUUUGCCCCCUUGUCAGACCAGAUAUCCUCCCCCUCCUCAUGGGUUUGAGUAUAUGGCGCGCUGGAUGUCUAAAGCCCCCAAGUCUCGUAGUGAUAAUACUUUAGUUGAUGGAAUCAGAAACCAUUUGUUUGAAGGUCGAGGCAGCAUGUUCGAUCGUGAAACCAUGUCCUUUGACCUCGGGGCUCUAAACAUUCAGCGAGGCCGCGAGCAUGGACUUCCGCCGUACAACGCCUUCCGCGCGUUCUGUGGACGGCGUCCGGCAUACCACUUCACUGCAGGUGUACACGGAGGGCUAGAGGACCAUACCCCGCAGAAUGCAGCUAACCUGGCCAGGGUUUACAGAAGUCCUCAUGACAUAGACCUGUAUGCUGGCGCUAUUUCGGAGACCCCCGUCCGGGGAGGAAUCCUGGGCCCCACCUUCUCCUGUCUGUUGGCCUACCAGUUCUCACUGUACAAACAUGGAGAUAGGUUCUGGUACGAAAACAACGACCACGAAAAUCCACGCACUGCUUUUACACAAGAUCAACUUGCCCAAAUUAAGGGAAUCACUCACGCCAAAGUUUUAUGUUCAGUUUUGAAGGACGAUCAUGGAGAUAUCAGUUAUCAAGCACGUCUUUUUAAACGUCAACAUCAGGAAAGAAAUCCGCGGAUCCCUUGCAGAGAAAUUCUUAACGGAAAUCCCUUAGGUUUUGAUAUUACUCCAUUUGCUAACGAACUUCAUCUCCUGCGUGGCAGCAGAAUAGGUCGCUCCCGGAAUCCCUAUGAUCCGUUCACCAGAGGUUCCUCUACUCUAUACGGGAGUAGACCUAGAAUCCGAAACGCUCCAUUUGAUGUUGGAUUUAGAGUUCCCUCACCUCGUAAUUUCAUUUGAUACAACAUUAAGGCGACGGUCGAGUUUGAUAGAAGAAUUGAUUAGUUACUGUGUAUGCAUGAUAAAAGUGUAUUGUAUAUUAGAUUUGAUUUGUCCAAUUGUAAAUGUGAGGAUAAAAAUUAUAAUGAAAUCAUGAUAAUGCGUUUUGUAUUAAACAAUUACUUUUCAAAAUUCACGAUGAUUUGAAUACAUCUGUAUCAAUUAUAAUAUACAGGACAUUUUAGUAUUUUUCUACAUUUGUUGUCAAAAACAUAUUUAUAUUUUUCAGUGUCUUUGUCUUUGACAACACUACAAAUCGAUUUUGUAAUGGUUAUCCCAAUACAUUUUAUCAAUUACUUUUUUAAUAUUCAAUCGUACAAUUGCUAAAAAAAAUAUUCGAAUAUAAGUAAUAAGGAAUCAAUCUUGAAUCUUAUAAGGUGAUCAAAUACGGUCGGGUUAUUUAAUCUACCAUAAAGGACUUCUGGUUUACUUAAUUACAUCAUAAUACUCGAAGAAAAAUUCCUUAUUUCUUAAAUGCAUUUCUUCUCAAAGCUUGAAGUUGCGAAGUUAUCGUCUAUUACAAUUCAAAGUAUUCGUCCUUAAGCUCGAUUAUGAAAUCAAUAAGGAUGUUUAUGCAGGCAUUAUAUUGCUUCAAAACAUCCUAGGCUUAGGAAAAUCGAGCAUGGUCAUUAAAAUUUACAAUCGAUGUAAGAAAUGUGAUAUGUAAUCUUCUUAUCUGCAUAUUUAAGUUUAUUAUUUUUUAAAAUCCCCAUUGUGAUCAUCGCCAAGAUUUGAAAGUUCCUAUACAGUUUAUUGAGUUAGACAUAUAUCUUUUAUGUUUAAAAAAACCAGAAUUAUUCUUCAAAAUAAAA